AUGUCCAGCUCCUUCUUCCUCCGACCAUCGACGACGACGACGACGCUCUUCUUUGGCCUCAAUACCGCCGCCGUCUACACUGCUUCAUCUCGAUUUGCUGUUUUCUCUAGCAUCCGCCGUUGCUCUUCGCGUCGAGCAGCCCCACCAUUCGCAACAACUAUUGCAACAACGCCACUUCCCCGCAAAAUGUCCACUACCAUUGCUGGAAAGCAGAAGGUUGAGCAGCCACCAUGGAGGUCUCCCGCUGCGAAUAACAUGCGUAUAGCUGCUCCCGAGGCUGAGCUGAAGAUUUAUAACUCACUUACUCGGUCAAAGACCACAUUUUAUCCAAUUGAUGUGGUUGGGAAGAAAGUUACCUGGUACUGCUGCGGUCCGACUGUUUAUGAUGCUGGUCAUCUAGGUCACGCUAGGAAUUACGUUACCACUGAUGUUCUCCGAAGAGUUCUGGAAGGAUAUUUCGGAUACGACGUACAAUUUGUGCAGAAUGUCACGGAUAUUGAUGACAAGAUUAUCCUAAGGGCCCGCCAAUCCCAUCUCUUUGGCAUCUAUCAAAAGGAGCACCCUUCAAUCGACCCUGAGGUCCUCGAGGAAGUCACGAAGGCAUGGCAAAAAUACCUGCUCAAGAACUUCCCAGAAUCAGAAGCUACCCCAAGCACCUUUGUCGCCUGGGCUUCCACAACAUAUCCCAAACUGAUCGCUGCAGAUGGUACCAUAAUUUCCAAUGACAGCCUUGAGGAGCUCUCUGGCGAUGACCUCGAGAAAGAGGCCAAAGUCAAAAUGCACCUUAAGACUCUCUACACUGCUUCGGCAUCCCUUACAUCCCCGGCAGCCACCCCGGAGCUGUUCUAUACAGCCGUAAGGGAUAUUCUUGCGCCUUAUCUCGAUUCCUUGCAUGGCGCUUCCGUCACCGAUCCAAAGGUCUUCCGCGAAACGGCCGCCUACUGGGAACGUCAUUUCAAUGAAGACAUGGCUCGGCUGAACGUUCUCCCACCCACGGUUACCACCCGUGUUUCUGAGUUUGUUCCCGAAAAUGUGGAUUUUGUCGAUAAACUAGUCAAGAAGGGUUUUGCCUACCCAACUACGGACGGGUCUGUAUAUUUCGACGUCCAGGCUUAUAGAGCAUCUGGCCACCACUACGCCAAGCUAAAGCCAUGGGAUGCGUCUUCCACUUCAUUACUAGAAGACGGUGAAGGUGCACUGACCAGCCAAACAGGCAAAAAGAACUCAGGAGACUUUGCCCUCUGGAAAUCAUCGAAACCCGGUGAACCAGGUUGGGAUAGUCCCUGGGGUAAAGGUCGCCCAGGUUGGCACAUCGAGUGCUCAGUGAUGUGCUCAGAAGUUCUAGGUCCAAAUGUCGAUAUCCACUCUGGCGGUAUCGAUUUGGCAUUCCCACACCACGACAACGAAAUCGCACAGAGUGAGGCGUAUUGGGACCCAUGCACUGCUGCAGAUGGUCUCCAGGGAGCAGAGAAACACCAAUGGGUCAACUAUUUCCUCCACAUGGGUCAUCUUUCGAUUGCUGGGGCUAAAAUGUCAAAGAGUUUAAAGAAUUUUGUUAGCAUACGGGAAGCUCUCGGUCGAGGAGGUGGGUGGACAAGCAGAAGACUUCGUAUUGUAUUUUUAAUGGGUAGCUGGAAAGACGGUAUCGAAAUCCGCGAAGGCAAUAUCAAUGAAGCAAAGGGAUUCGAAGCAACUCUCAACAAAUUCUUUACGAAUGUUAGAUCAUUAGCGGCUGAAGAGGAGGAGAGAGAAAAGAAGGGUGAAAAUAUCGAACAAUUAUUCACAGCACGAGAAAGGGCAUUGUACAAAGAAUUCGAUAGCGCCAAACUAAACUACCACCUCGCUCUCUGCGACAGCAUCAACACAGCAAACGCUAUCGUCGCCAUCCUUGACAUCGUCUCCAAAGCAAACAUCUAUAUCGGUAGCAGCGAAGGUUACCUCUCCGUUGCAACUUUGUCCACUAUCGCUCGCUGGGUUACAAAACAAGUCCACACUUUUGGCCUAGACAGUCAACCUUUCUCUUCGGCUCGUAUCGGAUGGGGUGAUGAGUCCGUAGCUACUGGAGAAGCCGAUAAGGAGACUAUCGCCAUGCCUUACGUCAGAGUCCUCUCUUCUUUCCGUGACAGUGUUCGCGCUGUCGCUAUGCAAGAGAAGGCCACCCCGGCUGGUAAGACGUUACUCCAACUCUGCGACAAAGUCAGAAAUGACGAUCUCCCCGUUCUUGGGGUCUCACUCGACGAUAGAGAAGGCGGUGCCGCUCUUGUUAAAUUUGUCUCCGCCGAACAACUUCUCGCCGAGAAGCGCGAGAAAGAAGAAAAGGCAGCGGAACGGGAGCGUAAUAAAGAAGAACUCAGGCGACAAAAAGAAAAACUAGAACUAGAAAAAUUAGAAAAGGGGAAACUUAGUCCCUUUGUGAUGUUUAAGGAGCGAGAGGGUAGUUCGGAGUUCAGCGAAUGGGACGAAGAGGGCAUUCCAACCAAGGAUAAAGAUGGAGAACCAGUAGCCAAAAGCAGAGGUAAAACUUUGAAGAAGCAAUGGGCCGCACAAAAGAAGGCUCAUGAAGCUUAUUUAAGUUGGGUACAAAGUCAAGGUGAAGCAGAUAGAUAA